GUUCAUCGAGCGGCACGCACUUGCUACUAUUUAUCGCAACUAGGUUUUAGUUUUUCCACUUCUCACUUAAUAGGAUAUGUCAUAUAACCCCUAAAACCUCGCUCGACCAUUUUGCAGCUCUUCUGAUAAGAACAAAUACCCGGCGCAACCGUUUCAUCCUCGAACCAGGAUUAGCAGUAGAUUUCGAAUUGAAAUCGAUUCUGCAGCCGGAGAAGUCAAGAAUUUUCUGAGCACCGUAUUCUUAGAGAGCCAGCAUGCAUGCUUGUGGUGGAUCUGGAAUGAUCAAUUCUAUCCAACAGCCUGUUGGGGCUAAGCUAUCGGUGAUUCCUUCAAAAUGGAUUGGUCUGAGUGGAUGCUCAAAUCAUGUGAAAAUGAGUUCAGUGAAGCCUUGUUGGUCAUCUCAUCUUGAAGGGAGCUUAGUCACUGGGAGGCCACCCUCUUCUGUGUCUGUUCCUAUCCCUGAAAAUGCAGGAAGCAGCUUUGCAGACCAUGGCUUGAGCGAAGUUGAUGCUGAAGUUCGCUCCAUUAUUGACAAAGAGAAGAACCGUCAAUUUAGAAGCUUGGAACUUAUUGCUUCAGAGAAUUUCACAUCCCGAGCUGUGAUGGAAGCAGUUGGUUCUUGCCUCACUAACAAAUAUUCUGAAGGGUUACCUGGCAAAAGAUAUUAUGGUGGCAAUGAGCACAUUGAUGAACUUGAGACUCUUUGUCAAGAGAGGGCUCUCGCAGCUUUUAAUUUGGAUGGAGGAAAGUGGGGCGUAAAUGUCCAGCCAUUAUCUGGUUCUCCUGCUAAUUUUGAGGUUUACACUGCAGUUCUUAAGCCACAUGACCGCAUAAUGGGCUUGGAUUUACCUCAUGGCGGACACUUGUCACAUGGGUUCAUGACUGCCAAGCGACGGGUAUCAGGCACAUCUAUUUAUUUCGAAUCCAUGCCUUAUCGACUGGAUGAAUCUACAGGCCUUGUUGACUACGACAUGCUUGAGAAAACAGCUAUCCUCUUCCGUCCUAAGCUUAUAAUUGCUGGUGCUAGUGCUUAUCCUCGAGAUUUCGACUAUCCCCGUAUGAGAAAGAUUGCAGAUGCUGUUGGUGCUUUUCUUAUGAUGGAUAUGGCCCAUAUUAGUGGACUUGUUUCUGCUUCUGUUGUUGCCGAUCCUUUUGAGUACUGUGACAUUGUAACAACUACAACCCAUAAGUCUCUCAGGGGACCUCGAGGUGGCAUGAUCUUUUUCAAGAAGGAGCCUGUUCUUGGAGUUGAGUUAGAAUCUGCAAUCAAUAAUGCUGUUUUUCCAGGUUUACAGGGAGGCCCACAUAAUCACACUAUCGGAGGCCUUGCUGUUUGUCUGAAGCAUGCCAAAUCUCCGGAGUUUAAGGCUUAUCAGCAGAGGGUGGUUUCUAAUUGUAGAGCUCUUGCGAGUCGACUUGUGGAGUUGGGAUACAAAUUGGUCUCUGGAGGGAGCGAUAACCAUUUGGUUCUUGUUGAUCUCCGCCCCCUAGGCCUUGAUGGCGCUAGAGUGGAAAAGAUUCUUGAUAUGGCAUCCAUAACCCUCAACAAAAACUCGGUUCCUGGUGACAAAAGUGCACUAGUACCUGGUGGCAUUCGCAUUGGUUCACCAGCCAUGACUACGCGAUGCUUUAGCGAAAAAGAAUUCAUUGCAGUUGCAGAUUUUAUUCACGAAGGUGUGCAGAUUACUUCAGACGCAAAGAAGUCUGUUUCAGGCUCUAAGCUCCAAGAUUUUAUGAAAGUUGUGACUUCUCCGAACUUUCCGUUGAUGGAUCGGGUUUUGGAUCUGCAAAGAAGAGUGGAGGCAUUGACCACCCAAUUCCCAAUACCUGGCUUGUGAGUCUGAUUGGAAGGAAGCGAAAAGACGUCAGAGCCUAAUAUAAUAUAUAAAGGACGCAAAUAUUUGCUAGUUUAGACAUCUGUUACUUCUUUUAGAAGUGAAGAGGAUGAAACAAUUUUUCGUACUGGCUUCGGUUUGCAUGUUGUGUAUUAUGUUUCUGCAUCUUUGAUGCAAAUUUUUGCGAGGAAAAUUGGCAAUUUCGACUUUAUUAAUUCCCGCGCGUAGCUCUUCUGCCGUAAUUGAAAA